GAAAAAGGCGAAAACCCGGGUCUUAGAAUUGCGUAACAGCACGGCUGCUUACUGUACAACAUUUCGAGUUGUGUAUUGUCAGAUUAGACUGCGGACAAUAUGCUUAGAUGCAAAGAGCGCAAAUGUUGUAGUUAGGAACCCCUGCGAUAAGAUGGACGUGUGGCGUCUUGCGCGGGUUUUGUCCUGCAGGUUGUCGCCUCGCAGUUCGGCGUGUGGAGGAGCUUUAAUAACUGCAUCGCGUAUUCAGUCCUGUGGUCCGACUGUGCGGCGGGGAAAUGUUUCACUGUCUUACUUUUCAACAAGGCCAAAAGUCACCGACAGCACUGCGCUAGUGUACAGGAGUCACGGGGAUCCUUCACAAGUCGUUCAGUUGGAGACUCUCAGACUUCCUGCACUGGAAGCUAAAAGUGCCCUUGUGAAAAUGCUUGCAGCUCCCAUCAAUCCCUCAGAUAUAAAUAUGAUCCAAGGAACCUAUGCCAUAUUACCAGACCUUCCAGCUGUGGGUGGCAAUGAGGGAGUGGGUCAGGUCUUAGAAGUGGGCAGCCAGGUUCAAAAAGUCAAAGUGGGUGAUUGGGUCAUUCCUAGAGACGCUGGUCUAGGCACAUGGCAGACUGCUGCUGUUUUCAGUGAGAAUGAUUUGGUGACAGUGCCCAGUGAUAUCUCCCUUCUUUCAGCAGCCACUCUAGGAGUCAACCCUUGCACUGCAUUUCGAAUGCUCUCUGAUUUUGAAAGUCUAUUGCCUGGAGACACAGUGAUCCAGAAUGCAGCUAACAGUGGAGUUGGACAGGCUGUAAUUCAGAUAGCAGCAGCAAAGGAUGUCCAUACAAUCAAUGUAGUCAGGGACAGACCGGACUUUCAACAGCUGACUGACAGACUAAAAGCUUUGGGAGCAACUUGCGUGAUUAAAGAGGAGAUGCUGAGAAAGCCGGAAAUUAAGGACAUCUUUAAGGUUUUUCCUCGACCUAAACUUGCACUAAAUGGUGUGGGAGGCAAAAGUGCCACAGAGCUUCUUCGUCAUUUACAGACUGGGGGUACCAUGGUGACAUAUGGGGGGAUGGCCAAGCAGCCAGUUACUGUGCCUGUGAGUGCACUCAUCUUUAAGGACAUUAAAGUACAAGGAUUUUGGGUCACUCAGUGGAAGAGAGACAAUAAGCAUGAUGAUGCGCCAUUGCAUUUCAUGUUGGAAGAGAUAUGUUCCCUGAUCCGUGCUGGAAAGCUGUCGGCCCCAUCCUGCACUGAAGUGGGCAUAAAGGACUUCCACAAAGCACUGAACAAUGCCACGACGCCUUACAUCUCAUCUAAACAAAUUCUGGUCAUGUAAAUCACAUAAAUUCAUUAUGAUACAAUAGUAAUUAACAAAUAAUUAUUGUUUAAGAAAUCACUGUUUAAUUUUUGUUUAAUUAUUACCAAACCAAUGUGUACAAAUAUCGUUUCUAAAAUAAAAAUUCAGUAAAUGCUGUC